UAAUAAUCAGCGUGCUUAUUUUCUCCUUUCUUUUUAUUUCUCAGAGAAAUUUUCCUCACUGGGAAAUCAUGACUUUUGUACGACCAUUGCUGUACGUUGCCCUCGGGCUUCUCAUGGUGGUUUCCAUCAUCGAACUCUCCUUCAUCUCAAGUAUGGUCGGUUGGCUACACGGCAACGCCAGCGGAACCUUUUCUUUCGAGUAUCGCGGUACAAGACACAAUCUCAAAGGCGAGCCUGCAAACUUGAUCGUUGAUCAGGGACAUACCAGCAACGGCGCAGCUGGAACAGCAUUUGUCCUCAUCGGCUGUGGAGGAAUUCUCGCUUUGAUUCUUCGCAACAGACAAAACCCCGGGAAAUUCAGUCGAUUCUUUUAUAACCUAUGGCUGGUUUUCAACGUCCUCAGCUUGUUACUCAUUCUCACGGCUCUAAUUUAUACAUUCGUUGUUACGAAUAAUCAUAACGGACAACGUAUCAACCCUGGUGUUGCGGCGGGUCUUGAUGAUGAUGAGAAAUACCCUCUUCAGUCAUGGACACCUCAGAAUUGGUUCUCAGCAUUCCUGAAACUCGAUCUGACCAACUCGAAUGAGAGAAAUGACAUUGAACAUCAUCUGCGUCUCAUGAGAGGCUGGCAGUACAACCUCAUCCCCUUCUUCAUCAUCCACCUUGCCGAAACAGUCCUUGCACUCUGGGACGCCAUGCUACGACGAAACGAACCUGUACCAGCGUAUGCGCCACCCAAGCACACUGUCUAAGUCAAUUACAUAUACGAAAAGGAUCCGAAUCCUUGCAAGGAUGGAACAGUAUUUUUAUUGGCUACAUAAACGAAGAAUCAUGGCAUCUACCUCGGCAUAAAAUGUAUAGAGGACAAAUCUUUAAUGAUAUAAUAGCAUAAUGCUAAAUAAUUUACUCACCUGCUUCAUUCGUGAUAGAG